CACAACCAAAAGUGGAAUCGUAAAGGAAAAAAUCACAACUACCCCACUUCUGAAUUUGUUUUCCAAUUUGAUACUCUCAUUGUGUUUCGUUUCCAUUGGCAUUCAUGGAACGUGCUCGCAGGCUGGCGAACCGCGCCAUUCUUAAGCGUUUGGUUUGUGAGGCGAAGCACUCGGGUCAGAAGGGUUCGCUGUUGACCCAUUCGAGGUUUGUGUCAUCUGUUUCUCACUGUGGUUUCAGAGACAGAGGAUCCAAAUCAGAGAACUUGUCACGCAAUGUUGUUUGGUCCCAAACUCGAUCCAUUUCGGUGGAGGCACUUAAACCCAGUGACACUUUCCCUCGACGACACAACUCCGCCACACCCGAAGAACAAAGCAAGAUGGCUCAGGCAUGUGGUUUUGAUAAUCUGGAUUCGCUCAUCGAUGCCACAGUGCCUAAGUCGAUUCGUCUGAGCGAGAUGAAGUUCAGCAAGUUCGACGAAGGGUUGACGGAGGGUGAAAUGAUGGAGCACAUGAAGUAUUUGGCGUUAAAGAACAAGGCUUUCAAGUCAUACAUUGGGAUGGGGUAUUACAACACGCAUGUUCCGCCUGUGAUCUUGAGGAACAUCAUGGAAAACCCAGCUUGGUACACACAGUACACUCCUUACCAAGCUGAGAUAUCUCAAGGGCGUCUUGAGUCCUUGAUGAAUUAUCAGACGUUGAUCACAGAUCUCACUGGUUUACCCAUGUCAAAUGCUUCAUUGCUCGAUGAAGGAACUGCUGCAGCUGAGGCUAUGUCUAUGUGUAAUAAUAUUCAGAAAGGAAAGAAAAAGACUUUUGUUAUUGCCAGUAACUGUCACCCACAAACCAUUGAUGUUUGUAGGACCAGAGCGGCUGGUUUCGAUCUUAAGGUUGUCACUGUGGAUCUUAAGGAUAUUGAUUACAAUUCGGGUGAUGUUUGUGGUGUUCUUGUUCAGUACCCGGGCACUGAGGGUGAGGUUUUGGAUUAUGGAGAGUUUAUUAACAAGGCUCAUGGUCAUGGAGUUAAGGUUGUUAUGGCAACUGAUCUAUUGGCUUUGACUGUGUUGAGGCCUCCUGGUGAAAUGGGGGCAGAUAUUGUUGUUGGCUCGGCUCAGAGGUUUGGGGUUCCAAUGGGUUAUGGAGGUCCUCAUGCUGCGUUCCUAGCCACAUCCCAAGAGUACAAGAGAAUGAUGCCUGGAAGAAUCAUUGGUGUCAGUGUUGAUUCUUCUGGAAAGCCAGCCUUAAGAAUGGCCAUGCAAACUAGGGAGCAGCAUAUUCGUAGGGACAAGGCCACCAGCAACAUUUGCACUGCUCAGGCACUGCUUGCAAACAUGGCUGCUAUGUAUGCUGUUUAUCAUGGACCUGAAGGCCUUAAGACCAUUGCCGAACGUGUUCAUGGUCUUGCUGGGGUGUUUGCCCUGGGAUUAAAGAAACUUGGAACUGUGGAAGUUCAGGAUCUUCCCUUCUUUGAUACUGUGAAGGUUAAGACUGCCAAUGCCCAUGAAAUUGCUGAUGCUGCUCACAAAAGUGAAAUAAAUUUGCGAGUUAUUGACGGGAACACUAUCACUGUUGCCUUUGAUGAAACUACCACCUUGGAGGAUGUUGAUAAGCUUUUCAAAGUUUUUGCUGGCGGCAAGCCUGUCUCCUUCACAGCUGCAUCUCUUGCACCAGAAGUUCAUGCUGCACUUCCUGCUGGACUAAUUAGGAAGAGUCCAUAUCUGACACACCCUAUCUUUAACACGUAUCACACUGAGCAUGAGUUGCUCAGGUACAUUCAUAGGCUACAAUCUAAAGAUCUCUCGCUGUGCCACAGUAUGAUCCCGCUGGGAUCUUGUACAAUGAAGCUGAAUGCAACAACUGAAAUGAUGCCUGUGACAUGGCCUAGCUUUGCUGACAUGCACCCUUUUGCACCAAUUGAACAGGCUCAAGGUUAUCAGGAAAUGUUCGACAAUUUGGGUAACCUGUUAUGUACCAUCACUGGGUUUGACUCCUUCUCUUUGCAACCUAAUGCUGGUGCUGCUGGAGAAUAUGCUGGACUGAUGGUUAUUCGUGCAUAUCAUUUGGCAAGAGGAGACCACCACCGCGAUGUUUGCAUUAUACCUGUCUCAGCGCAUGGUACAAAUCCUGCUAGUGCUGCUAUGUGUGGAAUGAAAAUUGUAUCUGUUGGAACUGAUGCCAAGGGAAACAUUAAUAUUGAAGAGCUGAGGAAGGCUGCUGAAACACACAAAGACAACUUAUCUUGCCUUAUGGUAACAUAUCCUUCAACUCAUGGUGUUUAUGAAGAGGGCAUUGAUGAGAUAUGCAAGAUUAUUCAUGAUAACGGAGGCCAAGUAUAUAUGGAUGGUGCUAAUAUGAAUGCACAGGUGGGACUUACAAGCCCUGGUUGGAUUGGAGCAGAUGUUUGCCAUCUGAAUCUCCAUAAGACAUUUUGCAUUCCUCAUGGAGGAGGUGGCCCUGGAAUGGGUCCUAUCGGCGUGAAGAAACACUUGGCACCAUUUUUACCUUCACAUCCAGUGAUUCCCACUGGUGGCAUUCCUGCCCCUGACAAGUCCCAACCACUUGGUACCAUUUCUGCUGCACCAUGGGGCUCAGCACUGAUAUUGCCAAUCUCAUACACUUACAUAGCCAUGAUGGGUUCUAAAGGACUCACCGAAGCAUCAAAGAUAGCCAUUUUGAACGCAAAUUAUAUGGCAAAACGAUUGGAGAAUCAUUACCCUGUUCUUUUCCGUGGGGUCAACGGAACAGUUGCUCAUGAAUUUAUUAUUGACUUAAGGGGCUUUAAGAAUACUGCUGGGAUAGAGCCUGAAGAUGUUGCAAAGCGCCUUAUGGACUAUGGGUUUCAUGGACCGACAAUGUCAUGGCCUGUACCUGGCACACUCAUGAUUGAACCCACUGAAAGUGAAAGCAAGGCUGAGUUAGACAGGUUUUGUGAUGCUCUUAUUUCCAUUCGAGAAGAAAUUGCUGAGAUUGAGAAAGGAAAGGCUGACAUUAACAACAAUGUACUUAAGGGAGCCCCUCACCCACCAUCGCUGCUCAUGGGAGAUGCAUGGACAAAACCAUACUCCCGGGAAUAUGCAGCCUUCCCAGCUUCCUGGCUCCGUGUUUCUAAGUUCUGGCCUUCCACAGGACGUGUCGAUAAUGUGUACGGUGACCGCAACCUCGUUUGCACCCUUCUCCCAGCAUCACACGUUGUUGAAGAACAAGCUGCUGCCACAGCGUAGUCUUCCACUUGACAAGUAUUUUCAUUUAUAAUUGUACAUAAUCUCUUCCUUCCAUUUAUUAUACAGUCGCUGCAGCGCAACACCUUGCUUCUUCAUCAUCAUAACAUAAUGAUGAUAUAAUCACAGGUUUCAUUCAACCAGAACAACACCCAAAAAAAAUAAAAAUAAAAAUAAUUCCACGAAAAAAAGAAAUAAACAGCAUAUAUAUAGCUGAAUUAAUAACGGCGUUGGCGACUUGUGUCGAGUGUUGUAAUUUCCUGCUUUUGGACUUUAGAGAUUGUUUUAUAUGAUUCGUGUACAAAACAUUCUCUUUUAAAUUCUUGCAGUGCCUUUUCCACAAACAUGGAAAAUAUUCGAGUAAAUGAUGAAUAUUCAAGUAAU